AUGAUGCAUCAAUGCUCCUUUCACUAUUCCCAACCAUGUGCUAUGGCUCUGCUCGGGCCGUCAGCGCCCGCGAAGAAGCGUUCCGUCGGAUCUGCUGCCCAACGCUUAUAAAAUUCCGUCGUCGGCCGCUGAGGAUCCCGCUUUCCCUGCUCCCGAUCUGAACGACCUUGCAAAAUGCUCGUCAGCACCGCGCUCAACAUUGCGCUCCUCCUCGCAUCCGCCGCUCUCGGGGCACAGAUCACCACGACGACCCGGCAGACGAUUAACGGAAUCGGCGCGUCCGGCGCCUGGUGGCCGAACGACCUCGCGCUCUUCCCAUCCGAAGUGCGCCAGAACAUCUCGCAGCUGCUCUUGAACCAGACCUCAGGGCUCGGGUUGACGGACUACCGCUACAACCUGGGAGGCGGCGGGGUCGGGGUGGGCACGUUCGCAAGGGCGCCCGAGACGCCAUAUGUUAGCGACGGCGUGUACAAUUUCUCGGCGGAUCCGCAAGGGACGUUCUUCCUCCGAGAAGCCGCUCGCCAGGGUGUCCCGCUUAUCACGCUCUUCGUGAAUAGCGCGCCGACGACCUUCACCACGAACGGCCAGAAUUGCGGCGGCAAUCUCAUCACGUCGCGUAUACCCGAGUACGCCCAGUAUCUCGCCGACGUGAUCAGCUACUGGAAGACGCAAGGGGUGGAGAUCACCCACGUCUCGCCGAUGAACGAACCCGACAGCACGUUCGGCAGCGGCGAUCCCAACACGCUCUGCGGGCAGGAGGGCAUGGAGGUCACGCCGGCCCAGCGCGCCGAGGUGGUCACCACCCUCGCCGCGGCGUUGAAGGAUGCCGGCUUAUCCACGAGGGUGAUCGCGGACGAGUCGUCGUCGACGGGCAACUUCGAGAACGACGCUCCCGUCUGGCUCGGCUCGUCGGGCGUAGGCGAGGCGCUCGCCGGCAUCGCGCACCACCAGUAUGGGUUCGCGAGCGGGCCGACGCAGCAGGCCAUGGCGGAGCUCGGACGCAAUCUGAGCGGCGGCGUGUCCACGUGGUUCACGGAGAUAUGCUGUUACGUGCAAGUGGACAGCAGCGAGGCGGACGAUCCGCUGGCGACGCUCACGUACGGCGGCCAGUACGACCCGACGAUGGUCAGCGCCCUCCGGAUGGCGAACUUGAUCUUCCAGUCUUUCACGUUCGCGGAAGACGAGCACUGGGAUUGGUGGACGGCGCUCUCAAGCGAACUCGGCUCGUGCUCACCCUCCAGUGACGCCUCUUGCGUCAACGCCGUCAACCCGGACGGGUGGGACGAUGGCCUCCUCUACUACGACCCGAACUACGCCUCGACAGGCUUCUACGGUCUCGGCGUCUCGAAGCGCUACUCCGUCCUGCGCCACUUCACCAAGGCCGCGCCCGUCGGCGCCGUCCGGCGGAACGUGUCCCUCUCCGCAUCCGAGUCCGCGUGGCUCGUCCUCGCGUUCGACACCGACCCGGCCUGCGCGCCGUUCGCGACCUGCAGCGCGGCGCCGUUCUCCGUCGUCGCGGCGAACGCGCAGGGGGGCGCGGCGACGCUGACGUUGACGUCCGCGUUGAGCCAGCCGACGGCGGCGUUCAGGACGAGUCCGACGGAGGAUUGGGCGGAGGUGGCUGCGCCGACCUUGGCGGCAGAUGGGUCGCUCGUGAUCGAGGCGCCUGGGCUGAGCGUGUAUACCCUCUUCUUCUAGGAUGUCGGGCUAGAGGUUUGCGUGCUUUUGCGAUCAUACAUGUACUCGUCAAGCUUGGAGAAAUGAAUGUCGU